AAGGGGGGCUGAGGCUGGGGGAGCGGGAGCACUGCACGAAGGACCUUGCCUGGGAAUCUCUCCCCCCGGAAAGGGGCGGCUGGGGGCGCGGGCGGAGACUGGGCAGCUUCCCGGGCACAUCUUUCCCUGCUCUCCCCGGCUGGCAGGGAGCCCCGGGCGGCGGCAGGCGGCAGACGGAGCCGGGACACGCCUGGCCCCGAGGGGUAAGAGGCAGGCACUUUGGCAGGAGUUGCGGCCCCACGGCGAAGUUGUGGCAGCCGGACGCAGGCUGCGCCGGUGGAGGGACGGACCGGGCAGGCGGUCGCUGAGACGGCGGGAUCCCAAGCAGCGUUGGCCGGGAAGACGGAGGGCGUCUGGGCUGGCGGGCGUAUCGGGAAACGUUUGAUUGCACCCGAGCUGGGGGAGAGACGGGCGACCGCAAUCUGCUCCCCGCGCGCAGAGCUGGCAGCGGGUGGCACUGGGAUUAUUAUGGAUGGCUGGGCUGACGGCUGCAUGCUCUUGACCCCUCGGGGCUGCCUCUGAUCCCCGCGCUCCCGGAGUGGGAGGCUGGCAGCCGGAGCCGCGACUCUGGGGGUGCCCGGGGGGAGAGUUAGACAUUCUAGGCACAGCUCUACCGACCUCCUCUCUUCACCCCCCACAACCCACCUCUGAUCCCAGCCCACCACCCUCUCUCAGCCCCUCCCAAUGCCCGCUGGGCCUGGCGGAGAGCACGUGGCGUGCGAGUGACCCCUUGCUGCCAGCUUCCCGCCAUGGCCUCGUCGGACGGGCUGCAGUACCGCGCGCUCUACGAGUAUAAGAAGGGCCGGGAGGAGGACCUGGCGCUGUGCCCCGGGGACCUGGUCACCGUCAGCAAGGCGGGACUGCUGGGCGCUGCCGACUACAAGGAGGGGGACGAGAGGAGCCCCAAGGGCUGGCUGAACGGCUUCAACGAGCGCACCAAGGAGCGGGGCGACUUCCCGGGCACCUACGUGGAGUACCUGGGCCCUGUGAGGAUUGUGCCCGCCGGUCUCAAGGCUCGACCCAGGCCUGUGCCCCCCACCCCCACCAGCCAGCUGUGGGGACCCGCUGGGCAGGCCGAGGUUGCGGAGUUAAGGCUCCCCGAACAAGCACCUCUGAUUGUAAUGAGACUCAUUGAAGCUUUGGAAAAACAAGGCAUCGACAAUGAGGCUCUUUACCGAGCCCCUCCCGGCUCCUUCAGUAACCCUGAGCUCAAACAAGCUCUUCUGACAGAUGCAGCAGCUGUAGACACGGACCCGUUUGACGGGCAGACGUUGGCCGAGGCACUGAAGUGGUACCUCCACGAGCUCCCGUGCCCUGUGAUCCACCCCGCAAUCUACAGCGAAUUAGUCUACACUGCUCAAGAAACCCAGAGCCUGGAAGAGUGCGGCCAGCGGGUGAAGAUGGUCCUGGAGUCGCCCACUCUCCCCCAGCAGCAUGGCCUCCUCCUGCAGCACCUCACCAGCCAUUUCUGCAAAGUGGGUCAGAACGGCAGCAAAAGCCACCUCACCCCCCGGGCCCUGGGGGAGCUCUUCGGCGACGUGCUCUUCCGCCCACCUGCAUCAAGCACGGAGGUGAACUCAGAACACCACGCGAAGAUCAUCGAGGCUCUCAUCGUGGCCGGCGGCGUGGCCAAGAUGCAAGCUGCACCUGCUCUUCCUCCAAAGCCCCCAAAACCGAUGACUCCGGUCAACACAAAUGGAAUAAAAGACAAUUCCAGUUUCUCCUUGCAGGAUGCAGAGUGGUACUGGGGGGAUAUUUCAAGGGAGGAGGUAAAUGACAAAUUACGAGACAUGCCAGAUGGAACAUUUCUGGUGCGCGAUGCAUCAACCAAGAUGCAGGGAGACUACACUCUGACAUUGCGGAAGGGUGGCAACAAUAAACUGAUAAAGAUUUAUCAUCGGGAUGGAAAAUACGGUUUUUCUGAUCCAUUGACAUUUAAUUCUGUUGUGGAGCUGAUUAACCACUACCGCCAUGAAUCUCUUGCCCAGUACAAUCCUAAGCUUGACGUGAAGCUGAUGUAUCCAGUAUCCAGGUAUCAACAGGAUCAGUUGGUGAAAGAAGAUAACAUAGAUGCCGUAGGUAAAAAGCUUCAGGAAUACCACUCUCAGUAUCAGGACAAGAGUAAAGAGUAUGACAGACUAUAUGAAGAAUACACCAGAACAUCACAGGAAAUUCAGAUGAAGAGAACUGCAAUUGAAGCAUUUAAUGAAACCAUUAAAAUAUUUGAGGAACAGUGCCACACACAAGAGCGAUACAGCAAAGAAUACAUUGAACGAUUCCGCAGAGAGGGGAAUGAGAAGGAAAUCGAACGAAUUAUGAUGAAUUACGAGAAAUUAAAAUCACGCCUGGGAGAGAUCCAUGAUAGUAAAAUGCGUCUGGAGCAGGAUUUGAAGAAACAAGCUCUGGACAAUAGGGAAAUUGAUAAGAAAAUGAAUAGCAUCAAACCCGAUCUUAUCCAGCUACGCAAAAUCAGAGAUCAGUAUCUUGUAUGGCUCAAUCACAAAGGAGUGAGGCAGAAGCGAAUAAACGACUGGCUGGGAAUCAAAAAUGAAAAUAUUGAUGAUACUUACUUUGUCAAUGAAGAAGAUGAAAACCUGCCACAUUAUGAUGAGAAAACUUGGUUUGUUGGGGAUCUCAACCGUAUCCAAGCAGAAGAUUUGCUCCGUGGGAAACCUGAUGGAGCAUUUUUAAUUCGAGAGAGUAGCAAGAAAGGAUGUUACGCUUGUUCUGUGGUAGCUGAUGGUGAAGUUAAACACUGUGUGAUCUACAGCACUCCAAGGGGUUAUGGGUUUGCAGAACCAUAUAACCUGUACAGCACACUUAAGGAAUUAGUCCUUCAUUACCAGCAGACAUCCCUCAUUCAACACAACGAUUCCCUAAAUGUCAGGCUCGCCUAUCCUGUCUACGCACAGAUGCCCCCCUCCCUUUGCAGAUAAAUUUUGGGGAGGGGGAAAGUGUUGGCUAUCUUGGAUUCUUUUCUACAGUUUUUAUUAGAACUCUGAGGGCAUUCUUUCUCCUUAGACUGCUUGUUUUGCACAAGAAGUGAUUCUGUGAAUGUGAAUCAAAGAGGCCUAGCAGCAACAAGACGACAACUUGGGUGUAGGUGUCCUGGUGCUACCUAAAGCUCAGCUAUGCUUUUACACUGAUACUUUUGUGUUUCCUUCUGGGGGGAAUGAACUCAACAUAAACACAUCCAAAAAAACUGGAAGCAAAACAUUUUGUGGAGAUAAUUUUUGGCCAGGCACCUUCAGCAGAACUUCUAAUUGGGAUUUUUUUUCUUGUUCUUGUGGAGACAAUUUUGAAGCCUCUAUUGAGGCAUCAGUAACGUCUUUCAGUCUUAAACUCCAAGAAACUAGGGGGGGAAACUCUAUACAGCAAUGCGCUCUCUGUUAAUUUUAGCAGCUUCACUGCAAUUCAGCCGAACUUCCAAAUGAGGGCUUAUCUUGAGGAGGCGUGGAAUUUGGUGAGAGAAGACCAAAGGAAUUACGGGAAAGCUUCAGGUUGUUAUUUAAAAGGAAAAAAAUCCUUAUAAAGAAAAGUUGCUUUAUUUUUUACCAACAGUAACAAAGUUUUGGUUUCAACCGCACUACAGGUCUUCGCUUAAAGGAAAUGUUGUUUAUAACCAAAUUGAACCCACCAAAACUUUGUUCGUUGCUGGAUUGAGCACUUAUGGGGGAAGGUUGCAUUAGCAUCUACAUAUACUUUCUACACCAAAACUUGAAACAAAUAAAAGGAAAAGCUAAAACUUCUUGUGUGGUUUUGAAAACUCUAAUCUGUCUGAUUUGAUGUAUUUGCUCCUCCUCCCUCUCCCCUCUUCCAUGGUUUUUUUUGUUUGUUUGUUGUUUUGGGACACUUCUUUCCAAAUCUUUUAGAUACUAUGCUUUGGAAUGUAAACCAGAAUGAAGCUGGCCACUCAUGUUUUGUGAGUUCUGUUGCUGAAUGAUUAACUAUUCUUUUGAAACCCUUGUAACUUUUUUGUAAUGUAAGUAUAAAGAAAAGGUGCAAUGCAGUGCUUCUGGAUGGCUUCUUAUACCAAAUAAUUACAUGAAGACUAGUCCUCAGAUUUUUUCUAUUAUAAAUAGUAUGCUCAUUCGUACAAAUGCCCUUUGACUUGUUCACCAAGGACCAGAUUCUGAUUUCCGUUACUCCACUGAAGUCAGGUACUCAAGAUUUUAUGCUAGUAGAAUCUAGUUCCGCUAUGGAUGGCCAUGUUUAGUGUUGAGCAAUAAUAAAAAAUUAACCUGCAUUAUUUGUAAACACAGCAGUCAGAUAAGUAGUAGCCAAAUGAGGAAGUGGAUCUUCUGCUAUGAGACAGGCAUAGACUAUUCUAAAAACUACACGUUCUCUUGUGCCAUCUGCUGAAGCAUCUGAUACUGUCAGAUGCUGGGUAGGCAGACCCUGGGUGUGACUUGGUGCAGCAAUCCUGUGUUCCUAAAAUGCUUAAGCCCAGGAAUAAUUGCACUUGAAGAGAGAUGUAGGUUGUCCCUAUUAUAUGCUUGACUCAGUAUUUUGAUUUGCUCCUACUGAGUCUCUACAAUGGAAAACUGAAUGAGGUAAGAGUAGCUUUGUUUGGCAACAAAGCACAAAUGGCAAAGUAAUUAUUCCGGGUGUGGCCUUAGAAUUAAAUUUUUGCUGUUUUUAGUGGUAGCAUUUUGUUUCAUACCCACUGUAUGUAAAUUGCACAGGCAAGGAAACAGUCUAGUGUUAAGACACAGGACUGCAAGUCAGGAGCCCUUGGGUCUGUUCCUGACCCUGCCACUGACUUCUUGUUUGAACUUGAACCAUCUAUAAUCCCUACGGAAUAAUGGCAAGGUUGUUGAGGCUUAAUUAAUGUUUACACUGAGAAAUCAAACAAAGGCACUAUAAAAUACUGUUAAGCAGAGCAUUAUUUAUUCAUGAGUAGGGCUGUGACAGAUCUUGAACACUGAUAAAUAAUAGUGGAAAGGGCAAUUUAGCUUGCUUGGCAUGUCCAAGCAACACUUUAUUUUGCACUAAUGUGCCGCUGGUUAAACCCAGCUGCUGGUUAACCAGCUAGAAUGUGAUCUUCAAAUGAAGAAUUGUCAAGGCUUGAAAAGCCCCACAAACUGAAGCUGGUAGAUGUUUCAUGUGUUAGUCUCAUUCUCCUCUCACAAGGCCCCAUGCCAAAUGACCCAGUUUCCCUUGUUUGGCUACUAUGUUGCUGGUAAAAUGUCUGUCCUAUUCAGCAAAAACCUAGAUUCGCUGUUCCAGUUGUAGGUCAGAAAUGGACUUUUUUUUUUUUUAAAUAAAAGCAACUUGCCACAUCUCUUAAGUUACGGGUAAUCCAGUGCCAGCAAAGCAUCCUUCUCAUGCUUUAUUUCUUGCCCCUCCAGCAUUCUCCCUGCUGUUGGUUUCAAUCUAGACUACACACAGACUGGGUAGAUUUUUCAAAGGCCCAGAAAAUCUACUGCAUUACAUCAUGAGCCUUCUCUUACUUCCACUGGAAACUCUAGUGGAAUCAAUGGAGUUGUUCCUCAUUCUCUACUCACUCUGGUGAGAAUCUGCAAACUGUGAAGUGUCUUGCAAUCUGAACUGUGACAUAGGUUUUCAUAUUAACCAAGCAAAGGUCAAUUAUUAGACUAAAUCCUGGCUCAGUUUCUCAGCACCGCUGGCUGUGGUGCAGGAAGUGGAACUACUUCUGAAGGUUUCUUGUAGUUGAAUCUCACUGAGCUUGUGAUGUGUUAGGCCAGAUUUCACUCUUGGUUAUGCCUGUCUAAAUUCCGAGUAAUUCCAUUGGCUUCUGUGAAGUGACUUUGGCUUUACAGUGGGCUGUGAAUGAACUCAGAAUCUGCCCCCCCCCCCCCCCCAUUUCAAAUUUCUUCACCCUUCACAGGUGCUGCAUUUUUAUGAGCAAUACAUCCAUCCAGAAAGCUAAAAGCCAUCUAGAAGCAUUUUAAUUCUUUUCCCCCCUACAUUUCAGAUUAGGACUAUAUUCAAAUUAAAACCUAAAAGUUCCUCACUUUCUCCAUCCCUAUCUCCCUGAUGACUCCUGAUUUGUCCAUGUGCCUUUUUGCACUUGAUUUAGGCACACGAGUUACAGCUUGCUAGUGUUUUACCCAUUUUAUGGUCACACAUGCCAUUGCACACCUCCUUUUGCAUCAGUUUUUGCACUUGUGGCAAGUGAAAAAUGGGUAUAAAACCAAGUGAAAUACAUAGCAGGUAUAAUCCACUAGGGGGCCUGCUCCUGCUCCCAGUCACUCCAGUUGGCCUGAUCCUACUCACUCACUGGUAUAAAACCAGUGUAACCCUGUUACGCCGCACAGAGCCACUCCUUUCAUGACUGAAAGAGAAAUUGGAAUUAGGCUCAAUAUGCAGGAUUGGGCCCUAGUAUUAGCUGUUAACAAGCUUAAAACAAAUGCAUAAGAGAGAACAUAAGGGCAAAAGAAAGGGAGUAAAAUAAUUUUUUUUUUCCAAAAACCAGAAGACAAUAUGCUCAUGUGUGACUAGAGUGCAGAAACGUUCUGGUUUCAAGGGUCAAAAGAUAGGGAACUUAUGCUCAGUUUAUUGGAGCAGCCAUUUCUUACCUGACUGCAGCUAGAGUAGUACUGAUCUCACUGACCCAUAUUGUAUUAAGUAUAUAUAUAUAUAGAUUUAAAUAAAACUUUUUUUUGCACAGUGUUAAAUGGGGGAAAUGAUAUUGAGACUUUCUAAUAUGCAGUUUCUUCUAUCUGUUUGAAGUAUAUUUGCAGGGAACAGGGGUGAUUCAGUAUUUUGCUUUUUCGCAAAUGGGGAAACCAGAUCUACUUCCACAGUUGCCAUUGUGCCCACUGUACACAGCACAUCAGCCAAGAACGUUGUGUUGCUGAAGUUCCUAAACUUCCAACUCUCCUCCCAUUAGUUCCUUUACCAGUCACGUCUUACUGUGAACAAGUGAGGAGUGGGGGUGUUGAGAUGAGUUGGUAAGAUGCAGUUUGAAGCUGCUGCAAAGUUUUCCCAACGAGCACAGGUGCAGCCUAAAAACAAGGGUGUCUCAUUGAGUAUUUGAACCACCGUGUAAUAGAAUAUGAACAUAUAUGGUGGUGCGUUUUCCAGUUAAAGGGGGAGAGAAGUUGUCUAAACUGUUCCUGGAAGUGAUGGCGCGAUGCCUGCCAUGUACCACAUGUCCCUAGGUCUGUACUGGGUUCUGAGGCAGUACAACUCUCUGCACCAAGAUCAAACAUGGUUUCUCCAUGUGCGUGCACACUUCCAGAGGUAGAAAAGAAAUCCUCAAUCAAACUAAUGACCCUAUUCUUUUCUCACUUACACUGGUGUAAGCAAGCGAUUCCAUUGAAGAAAAGCUGUGUAGGUGAAAGGAGAAUCAAGCCCAUCUACUUUACAUGAUACCCAAAUCUCAGGCUGCACUCAUGUCACAGAAGGACAGAAAUCAAAGCAAAUCUUGGCCUCUUUAAAGCCAAGCAGCCAUAAUGGAGACUGUGGAAAUGAAUGGUGACGCUUUCAGUGCAGUUGUAAGGGCUGGGGAGAAUCUCGGUUGCCCUAACAUUGCUGUGUGUGCAACUUGGAUGGCAACACGUCCAGUAACUCAAUACUAUGGCUGUUUAAAACAGCAGAAUUGCUAAAGGUGUGUCACUUGGAAAAGCCCCUUAUAUUUGGUACUUGAACAAUCUCUUUUCUGUUGUUUGAAUGUUUGUUUUUUCUGUAACGGGGAAUGAAAAUCUGAAAUGUUAGUGAGGCUUGUAAGUGCUGCAUUUUGCAGACAUCAAACAGGUACUUUUUUGUGGGUGGGGGGAGGGUAAGAGAGGUUCAAAAUGCAGUUUUAACAGCACUAUGGUGAAGUGGCGUUUUGUUUUCAACCAUAUUCUAGAAUCCUACAUUCUUUUGUUUUUCUUCCGACCUUAAUGUCAGCUUUGUUUACAGCAGAGUCAAAAUAUAUUCCUGAAAGAACAAAGACUCAUGCCAGUUUUUGCUUCAAAUGGCAAAUUUAAGUCAGAUGCACAGAGGCUUUAGUAAGUGAGAGAAUGGGUUGAAAAUCUGGGCUCAGCUUCUUGAACUUCUGAUUGUAGUUUGAGCAGGAACGGACAAUGCACUUGAACAGGACUCCUGUCUUUAGUCACAAAAGAUUAGAUGCCAAAAUGAUUCUAGUCUCAACGUUUGCAUAGAAAGCCUUGGAAUAAUUGGUUAUACAUUUUAAAAAGUGUGUGUUUUAAAAAGCAGUUGGGAUAGUGAUGAAAGUCUUAAAGGACUUACUCAACUAUUUUUACAAAGAUCUCCUGUUGGUAUUUGAAGGAACUUGCAUUGCGGUCCCACUAGUUUCCUUUUGGCACAAUCUGGGCAGGCAAGAGGAGAGAACAAAGUCUCACACACACACACACACUCACUCUCACUCUCACUCUCACUCUCUUUCCCCUCCCCUCCCUCCCUCCCUCCAAAUAAUAACAGGACAUGUUGGUAAAGCAAUACAGCUAAUUAUUCUAUAUGGCAGGAGUAUGUUUUGACAGUGCUUUAGAAAAAUUUGUCCAAACUUUUGCAAAGCUUACAUUCUGUGGCCAGAAAUAUUUUCUGCGGGAGGGGAGGGAAGAAUUUUGAAAGCCUUUUAGAGGCCUUACCAUUUGUUCCACAGGACUGAGAUUGAGGAUUAUCCGUGUGUUUUGUGAGCUGUUCUAAAAGAUGAUGGUGCUUAAAACACUGGUCUUUGGGGCUGGCUCCAUAUGUUUAAUGCAGCUCUCCUAUUCUUCACUUUUGGCAGUAGACCCACCCCCAUUCUGUGGCUAAUGCAAACGUAGCAUUGGUUUAGAAUUUGACUUAAAAUACUUGGCAUGCAGGCUUCUGCAGCAAAUGAAGUACAGGCGUCUGUUCUAUUUGGUCAAUAGAAAUAAUGGCUCUCUCUGAUCAAUCAGUAUGAGACAACGUUUUCAAUUAGGCGUUGAUUUUUAAUUUCCUCUGAUUUUACCAUUUGAUGUUGCUGGAAUAGUGGCUUUAACAAGUGAGAGUGUAUAUUUUUUUUCUGUAAAUUCACCACCACUCCAUUAAAUGUGCUUGCUGGGUGGUGGUGUGAUCAUAGAAUGGGCUUGACUUCAUUUGGAAAAACAAUUGUGUUUAAAAAUGACAUAGCCAUGGCCAGGAACCAAAUUAACCCCCUGGUAUAAAUCUAUUCACCUCAGUGGGGUUACCGCCCCAUUUAUGCCAGCAGGGAAAUUAGCCCUGCGGAUCGUCAUUGAAGUAUAAUGUGUGUAGAUUGUUUUGUUGGGUGGGUUUUUUUGUUUUUGUUUUGUUUUUGUGAGUGACUUUUACAUCGUAUAAGAAUACAGUUGACUAAACCUGUUAAUUUUGUAUGUUUGGCAGUUUACAGCACCAUGGGAUUGUAACAGUCUGCAUCAUAUCUGUGUGUGUGUAUAUGUACUGUAUGUAUAUAGCUCUAUGUAAAAUAUAUUCACAUACACAUUUAUAUGCAUUAGCCAUAAGUGGCACUGCCCCUUAAAACUGAAACAAAAUUCACUAUUUGCACGUUUUUACACACAUUUAGACAAAGUUGGGUUUGUUUUCUUCAAAUGAAAAGGGUUUAUCAGGAACAUCUUGACAAUGUGCUUUUGAGAGUCUAGACUAUGAUUUCUUUUUUAAUUGGAUUGUUUAGAAGUUUUUUUAAUUAUUUACUCUGGGACAAGAGCAUUAAAAUGUGUUCAAAGCAAAGGUUACUUUAAAAAAAAACCUCUUGUUUUCCUUCAAGAUGCAGUAAUGUUUGCAUGUUUUAAAUCAAUCUAACCAAACUCCUGUCUAGAACUAAUGUGCAAAGGAGGAUAAUGGUAUGUAUCACUUUGAAUGCACUGGUUAGAUGAAGGCAGGUCUCAGUUCAAACCAUGACUGUAUGUUUGGUUUUUGUAGUCCGGACUGAAAUGAUAGCACACACUCCUUUGUAUAACCUUUGUGUUAAUGUUGCAUUUUUUAAUCUGAUUUUUUUUCUUCUUCUAAGAGAUACUGCCUCUGUUUAGAACCGGCUUCUCAUGAAGCUGUUGGAGGGCGGGGGGGUGUUUUUGUUUUUGUUUUUUCCUCCAUAUGAAUUCCAGCAUGUAACUUUUUGGUACUCUUGUUGUUAUUUGUGUAAAACCUGUUCUGUCGUUUAUGCUGUAGUUUAAAAAAAAAAAAAGGAAUUUGUGUAGUUUAACUUUUAAAAAGAAACAAACUGCUUCAUAUGGAAACUAAUUGUAUGUUAGUGUUUUUGGACAAGUCAUACUGUAGUUUCUAGAUCAGUAAUUCAACAUUGUACUUGUCACCAGAUGUGUUACGAUUUUGCUGUAUUUUUUUUAAUAGAUGGUCGGGCUUUUAAAUCCCAGACACUAAACAUCCUGGGCCUACUUGCUCUAGAUUUUAAAAAAAAAAAUGCAAUAAAAAAUUGCAAUAAAGCACAUUUACAUGUAAUGUUUUAGAAGGAUGUACUGACAGCUGUUUCUAAUAAAUUCAGAAAUGCAGCCUA